AUGUAUUCUCCUGCCACGAACAUGAUAUUAAUCGACCAUCAAACACGUUUCACUCGAAACGUGUCAUAUUCAACAUUAUCAAGGCCAACAUCUACAUUAUCAACUAUUCGUAAACAAAUUUAUUCGAGUACAUCUCAAGCACUGCCGCCACCGUUAAAUUUCUCGUCAAGUAUAAAUUCUUCUUCUCUUUCUUCUUCUUCUUAUGAUGAUUAUUAUUCAUUUCCGUUUUCAUCCCCAUCGCGUAGUCGUCAUUAUCGUUGUUUAAACUUGUUAAUACCAGAAACAUCUGAUUUUUUCUAUGAUAACCACAAUCGUAUUUCAAACACGAAUCAAUCAAAAGUAUUAAUUAAUAAUGAUCGUUUGAAUAACCGAUUAUCGAGUAAAACAAAAUAUCAACAAAAAGAUAGUAAAUCAUACGAUUUAUAUUCAAGACCAUCUAGCUCCUACCAACAUCUCGGUACACUACAACAACAACACGUAAAGUCACAUCAUUUGACCAAUAAGUUGAUUCAAACACCAUUAUCUACGAAAAAAGUUUAUCAUCAUUCAAAACAAUCAGAAAUGACGGCACUAAACGAAGUUGAUGAUGUUUUAAUUUCAUCAAAUAUUGGACAAUUAAUUGCAUCAUUUGAGCGUAUGUGUCCAGGAUUAUAUAAGACUCAUUUUAAUGAUUCAAUUCGUAUCUUAAAUGAAAUAAUGUGUCUUGCUGAAGAAUGGCUCAAUAUUCAACAAAUUUAUACAGCUGAAGAAUUAUUAUCGAAUGAACAUUUAUUCGAGAAUUAUAAAGAAAAAAUCAAUCAAUCGAGAAUGAUAUCAUUAGCAGAUGAAACAGAUAAUCAAUACGAGAUAAUUAAAUGUUAUGGAAAAGGGAUACAAGCAUUGAAAAAUCAAUUACAUCAAACUACAAUGUUUUGUUUUGAAACAAAUACUUACGUACGCCUACAUGAUUUAACUGUUCAAAUCACUAAUAAUUAUCAAUAUGAGAAUGAACAUUUACCAGUUAAAUUGAACUAUAUAAAUAUGUACAAUAAUAAAAAUAUCUACUCAUGUACAUACAUUCCAAAACAUGAAGGCACAUAUAAAAUAUCAGUAUUCUAUCAAAAUAUACCAUUAUUAAAACAACCUUACACCGUAUUAAUUCGAUGUCGAUCAUUAACUUUAACAACAAUCAAAAAUACACAACAAAACGAAAAAUUGAAUCAACCAGAAGAGACAGCACCAACAGUACAUGGACCAGGGAUUGAAGCAACUUCUGUAUUAGUAGAUCUUCCACAAUGGUUUGAGGUUGAUUGUAGUAAAUCGAAUCUGAAAGGUGGUUUAAUAGAAGUCAUUAUUGUCGAUUUAAUCCAUGGGAAACCCUCGUCCUAUGCUCAUGCAUCGAUUGAACCACUUGGAAAUCAGAAAUUUCGGUGUGAUUACUCGAUUUCACAAACAGGUCUCUAUAAUAUUAUUGUGUUACAAGGUGGUAAACCUCUUCCAUUUAGUCCGAUAAAAAUGACAGUAACAGAGCCGAAGACAACAGAAAUGUCCUUGUCUACUCAUCAAUCGAAUACUACAUUCAAUCAUACAUUAAUUGCUGAUGAUGAGAAUAAUAAUAAGUGGAAAUUCUUUGCAUUUGGUCCGGGAUUGAGGACUGGCUAUCAGAGUUAUCCUUCAACAUUUUAUGUUGAUUUCAGUGGAAAUACCGAAGGCUAUUUAGAAUUUUUAAUUAAUAAUUCACGUGUCACAUCUGUUGUUGAUUAUGAAAAGCAAUUUGCUGAAGUUUGUUAUUGGCCAGAAACUACUGGCGAUUUAUCUUUAAACAUAUUAUAUUGCAGUAAAGAUAUUGAAAUAUCACCGAUCAUUUCAAAAAUAGCCACAUUAUCGAUGCCUAUAUUUUCGGAUCAAUUACCAAUAAUUUCUGUUAACGGUCCCGGUUUUACACCGACUGAUGAUGCUGUUAUUGUUAAUAAAGAAGUUGAAUUUAAAGUCAAUCUUGAUAAACAACAUGACAAUUGGGAAUUGAAUGUGGAAAUUUAUGAUCAAGAUUACAAUAUUGUACCAGUCAAAAUUCAAAAACAAAAUAAUUUGACAUAUAUAUGCUCGUAUACUCCAUGGAAAUUAGGUCGAUAUACGAUUAGUAUUGAUUACGGUCAUAUUGUAAUUCCAGAAGGCAAUCCGUUUAGAAUAACACCAUUAUCGAAACAAAUCGAACUAUCUGGACCGGCAUUUACAGAAAAAACAUUAAAUUUGAAUUCACAAACACAUUUUUGUUUGAAUUUAAAAGACAUAACGGGAGGACGACGAGAAGAACAGUAUUUAAAAUCAACUACUAUUCUCGGUAAAGACUCUGAAAGUGGCUAUAGUUCGAAUGAUGAUGCAUCAUUGACCGAGAAUGCUUCAUUCCCCGAUAAUGAGACAUACAAAAUAACAAUUAAAGAUGAUAAAGGACGAAUAAAGCCAAUUAAUAUCAAACAAUUGAACAAUGAUAAUUUAUGCGUUCACUUUAUGCCUGACUCAAAAGAAACUUACAUUAAUGUAUCUGUUAUGUGGUAA